CUUUUUUCUUUCAGGCCUGUCAAAGUUUUGGCUUUGUUGUAAAAAUAAGUCAAGAGUUAACUUUUCUCUGGUGAAUAAGUGUGCAGAUUAUGCCAUGUCGGUUCAAGAAAUAAAUACAUAUGCAGUUCUCCCUCCUAUCAUCAGUAGAAGUGACAAGGAAUUUUUGGAAAGUAUGCAAAGAUAUAUAAUUACAGAAACAGAAAGAGUGGGCUGUAAUGAGGAAGGACCUGCUGAAGAAUAUUAUAUCAUAUACCGAAACGUUUUUGACAAGGUAAUAGAAUAUGUCACUGCGUACAAAUCCAUCCUUUCUUCAAUCAAAAAAGAAUACGAUGCCGUUAUUGAGAAAAUAAAGAAAGACCAAAGAACUGCAUUUUUUCUUCAUGGAAAACUUAAAGUUUUGGCAGCAGAGCCCACAACGUUGGUGUAUCACAGGACAAGAAUAAUCCAACUGGAAGCAAAAUUGAAGAUUAUUGAAAAGAAUUCCUCAAAGAUUCAAUUGCAAAUAGACAAAAUGAAACAACUUAGGGCAAAGUAUGCCGUGAAAGAAGUAAAACAUUUUCCUUUCUCCAAAGAUCCUUCAAAACCUAUUUCAGGCCUGACUCUUGAAGAAUCCUUCAACUUAGAUGCUCUCAAUAAAUACCUGAACCAUCUUGAAGAUAAAUAUGCAGAAAUUAAGCAAUUAAUGUCAAAAAAAUACAUGCCAGUUCAGAGGAAGGCAGAUUUAGAGGAGGAAAUGAUUGUGAUAUUAAAACGAUUAAAUGUAGCUGAAAAUCUGAACAAAGAAUUACAGUUUCGCCAUCAAAGACUGCAGAUUAUUUCAUGUGCACUUAAUUCAUGGGUAAAAUCUGAUAAGAGCAGCUCAUUUCAAGACUUUGUGAAACAAACUGAGAAAACUAAAGAUUUACAAGGUGACCAAGACCUUGAUGAAGAACUGUGUGACUAUGAUCCAGGCAAGGCAAAAGAAGCUGAACUUUUGCUUUACUACAUUGAAAGGUUCAACGAAUUAAUCUUACUUGGUGAAUAUGAGAAGGCAGCUUGUUUUGCAGCGAACAGUCCUAGAAGAAUUCUUGAAAACAUGGGGACAGUGAAUAAAUUUAAGGCUGCUGGAAAAAUUAGAGGAAAGCCUUAUCCAUUACUCUUAUUUUUUGAGGCUAUCUUUAGGACAAGCCAAGCCUAUCGACGGCCUAUUAAUGCAGAACUAACCCUGGAAGGAAUCAAAUGUGGAUUAUCUGAAAAGCGUUUAGAUUUAGUUAUUAAUUGGGUCACUCAGGAAAGGCUCACAUUUUCUGAGGAGGCUGGGGAUGUGAUUUGUGAUUAUGGGGAGCAGGAUACUCAUAACAAGGCCAAGUGCCUGGCUUUAGCUCAGAUUAUCUAUAAUGAAUGUAGCCUGCACAACAAAGUUGUUCUUUGCCUGUGUAAACAGGGUCAGAUUCAUGAGGCCAUGGAAUAUAUACAACAAUUCAAGGACUUUGCUUCUGAUGACCUGAUGCAGCUAAUAAAGUUAUGUCCCCACUAUGAAUUAAUUCAGUGUCUCACUAAAGAAAGGAAUGGGAAACCACCACUUUUAUCUUUUGGUCUUGCUAUACUUCAUCUAUUCUCUGUAGAUAUGAAAAAAGUUGGCAUUAAGCUACUUCAUGAAAUAAAUAAAGGUGGGAAAGAUGCCAUAGAAUAUCUUAUGAUAAAUGAUCCAUUUUGCUGCCUAGAAAAGUGGCAAGAAAUGGCAAAUAUAUGUUCACAGAAUGGCUUUGAAAGAUUGUGUGAUGACAUCAUGUCCAUUCUUCGAUCUCAGGCUGGAGUUACAGAAAUUUCUGAAGAGGAUGAUACAGUCAACUUAAUGCAACAUGUUUUUUGGUAGUUCUGUAUCUUAACCAGCUGAGGGAGCUUCUACAACAUUUUCUAUGUUGGUUGGGCAAACUGAUUUUGAAAUAACUAACAAAAAAUCUAGAGUAUGAAGCUCUCAGAAAUAAAUCAUGCUUCUUUGGUAUGAUGA